UGAAAAUGGAAGUGAUCGCAAAGUUCACGCAAGAUGGGUUGGCACGCGCCAAGCAGGCCCAUCGCCUCUUUGUGACGUUGACUUAUGCGCAAAGCUUGGACGGGUCCAUUGCCGCUGUGCGAGGCCAAACCACUCUGCUCAGCGGAGCAGCAUCCAUGACGAUGACCCAUCAAUUGCGCACCAUGCACGAUGGCAUACUCAUCGGCAUCGGAACACUUGUAGCAGACAAUCCGUCGCUCACGGUUCGUCUGGUUCAAGGGCCGAGUCCACAACCAUUGAUCGUCGAUGGAGAUUUGCGAUGUCCCCUUUCGUGCAAGCUAUUCACCCAUGAUGCAUGCAGAAAGCCUUGGCUGCUAGCCGUGGAUGGCGGAUGGAACGAAGACAAACUGGCACGAAAGGCAGCAUUGGAAGCUGGAGGGGCCGUCAUUAUCAUGUGCGCUGCCACUCCUAAAGGACGCGUGGACCUCGUGGAUGCAUUCCGACAAAUCCAUGCUCGUGGUAUCACCAGUGUGAUGGUGGAAGGUGGGGCGUCCAUCUUGACGAGUUGCUUGAUGGUCCAAGCCACCGACAGUCAGUUUCUUAGCCACGGCAUCGUCACCAUUGCGCCACUUUUCGUCGGUGGCCUCAAAGGAGUUGCGGCGCUGUUACCUGCGUAUCCACGCCUUCAUCCUGUGCAAGUCGCGUCUCUCGGCAAAGACGUCGUGAUGUUUGGUCCAUUUGCACCGCCGCAGUAGAAUGAGUUUAACCUAACCUGCUGGAUCGCCGUGCCAACUCUGUACUUUU